CCGCCUUGCUGUGUAGCAAAACAUCCCAUCGCUUCGUGCAGACAGACAAUCGUUCGCAACAACCAGUACCCACACUCGUUCAGGCACACCCACCCACACACACGCAAACUCUCCGACGGGCCGUCCCACUUCGACCUCGUGCCAAACCGCUGAUAGGCGGGCCUCUGCUGGAUCGACAGGCAAAGGAGAGAGCUUCUGGCGGUCGGGUCGCAAGCAACGACCAGCUUCGGUCCCAUAAAACACUGCCUCCGCCUCACGGACACUGCGCGGUGUUGGAUGCGACAUCUUCUGAAUCUCUCCAGCACGGCGUUGCAGAUAAGAAGCUCUUGACGCAAUCAGAGAAGCGAGUCAGGACCUGCCCCAUCACCGAUUCAUCCUUGGCCGCAGCACAGCUUCGCCUACACAAUUGCUUCAACUUCCCGACGGGAGUUUUGAAGAGAGAGUGGGCACGCUGUGGAUCGGAUUGCGCGACGACUGGAUUCCGCCUUGUCCUUGUGAAACACCCUCGACACUUUCGCACGCGACAGCCCACUUGAGGAAACAAUCCUUGCAAGCUCCAGGACCACCUGGUGUACACACCGCCAUGGGUACGCCACGCUAUCACCACCAGAUCGACCCCUUUCACGAGAACACAUCCGAAUCCCCAACUGCGUACCAAGGCGCGGGAGCUAUCGAUUUGACCCCAACAUUGCGCAUAGAGAACAACCGCUUCGAAGAGGUGCAUCUGCCCCAGGAUCCCAGCAAACAACAGCAACCGGCACGGGAAGGCCUAAAAUCGCGUCUGCUCUCGUCCCUGUCAAGCGCACAACCUGCAGCUGCCGUGUUGUCGCGAUCGGGAAGCGUGCUACAUUCCAGAGCAAAGUCCUGGGCCGCCGCAUACAACCAAACCACGCCGGAACGAUCGCCUUCGCCCAACAAGAACAAGUUCGUUGACAACCUCUUCUCUGGUGAGUCUGGUCGUGUACGAUUGGGAGUGCCGACUUCGCCCAUCAAGGAAAAAGAAGACACAGAGUUCGUCAUGGAAUACCAACCUGGGUUUACUGAGCGACCUGGUCGACCACGAUUACGGCAGCAACCAACAAACGCGACAACAUCCACGACGGCCACUGCAAAUUCUGCGAACUCUGCAUCGAACAGCUCACGGAAAGUGUCAUGGUUCGGCCGCAAAGCGAGCACACCGGCGCCGCAGCCAGUAAAGGUGGAGGAUGAGAUGCUCAGCAUCAACAUCAACACGGCAUUAUUCCCCCAUGGCCCUGCAGAUCCACUGUCCCCUCAAGCAUUCAACGAUCUACUCCUCAACGCGACAAACUUGAUCCAGCGAAUGCAAAUCGCAUAUAAAGAGAAGGUCGAAUACUUGGCGAGCAUACAACCAGAAAUCGAUGCGCAAAAAGAGGAGGUUGAAGAGGCACAAACACGCUCGGCGCAUUUGAAAAUGCAGCUUGAGGAUACGGCGCGCAUUGCGAAAGAGCAACGCGACGUCAACGAAGAACUUAUCCUCAAGUUCUCCGAGGAGAAAAUGAAGGUACAGCAAUUGCAAGAAGAACGCGCAAAGUCGAUUCGCAUAGUACGACGCGAGACAGAAAUUCCAGAGGAGGAUGAAGACCCGAGUAGGACGAUCAAGCGCAGCUCACGAGGAAGCGCUUCCGAUUCAGGAUUCGAGUCUGAUGCAGACACAGCUUCGCUAUUCAGCAGUGGCGUUGAGACGCCUGCAUCGCAGUAUGCAUCAAGACCUCCGACACUGGACCAUCGGAUUGAUCCGCGAUAUAUACCCGCUCGAGGCAGCGUUCUAUCACAACAAUCUACGGCUUUCUCGAGAAAUGAAGGCGUCGCAUGGGCCACAGUCGAGAAACUCCGAAACGAGAACUCCGAUCUCAAAGCGCAAGUCGUGAACUUGCAGCAAGGCUACGAUGGAGUGCUCGAAUUUGUCGAAACCCUCCGAGAAACAAAGUAAAGUCCUGUCAAGGAGCUGUCGUGGUUUAUGCUUUGCGGAGAGCUGGGCUCUUCGUUGCAACGCCUGCCUACUGGACGACCAAAAAUAAAGCCAACCGGAAGAAAUUGAACCCAAUCUCUUCCCUAUAUCUUGGAAUCUGAAAAAACAUUUGUGUUAACGCGGGUCUUGAAACCAAUGUAUAAAUGCAUCGCAUUGCAUCGCAGGAAUCUAAAGCGCUGGCUUGUCAUAUGGGUUUGAUCUACUUCGCGUUAUGCGCGUUACUUAUCUCGCACACGAAAUAGAAAUUCAUUUCCCAAUGAGCAGUAUCAUCCAGUCUCCUUUUUGACAGCACGCGCUUUCAUUUCGCGUUGGUCAAGAAGCAUAGACUUCCAAAUCAGUCGUUACGAGUCUGACCUCGUACUCUUGUGCCAGGAUACAGUCCGUGGCACGAGCUCCCAUUCC